AUUAGUCUUUCGUUAUGUGAUUUCUUAAGCUUUGCGUAUUUUCCAUUGGGAAACAAAGUUGGAUUACGUUUAAAUCUCUGAGCAAUGGCAUCUUCUAUGACAUUCACUUCCUCGAAUAUAGAUCUCUCUAUCUCCAAUAAAUCAGACAUUUGGUUGAAUAUAAAUCAAUCUUUAAAUUUAACUAUGUGAAGAUUUAAUAUUUUAUUUUAUUUUUUUGCAAAGGUUUGAUACUUCUCAGAUUUUUGUGCCUUAAAAUUCAUAAUUUACAACUGAAACUGUCUGUACAGUAUCAUCUUCGUCAUAUCACUACAACAAUGGAUAACAUACCUGUCUACUUAUUUACAUACAAUUGCAAUAAGCAAUCAUUGGAUUGGGAUAUAUUUCUUCCAAAGUUCAAGGAAUCACUUCCGGAAGAAUUGGCAACUGUUUAUGCGUUUGGGUUAGAGGAAUUCUGUUCCAUUCAAGAUGGAAGUUUCUAUCUGACAGCUAAUCAGCAUUUAAUCAAAUAUAAUGGGAAAUUCUUAGAGGCUUUAUCAUCUAAAUAUGGUACGAGGAAUAUAAGGUUUCAGACAAUUGGAAUGCAACAUAUUGGUUCAAUUGGUCUUGUUUUGAUUACCCCAUAUCCUCUGAAAUUCAAGCACAUCACAAAAGCUCUGACUUCAUGUGGAUAUGCUUAUUCUUCAUUGAAAGGUGGGGUUGGAAUUAGAGUUGUAUAUAGUCCAGGUGGUAAGACUAACAAUUCUUCUGUGACGCUUUCAUUUGCAAAUGCUCAUCUAAGUGCUUAUGAAGGUGAUGAUUACUACACUCAAAGAAAUUCAGAUGCUACGCAGAUCAUGAGAUCAUUGGACUUUGGUGAUGGUUAUGGUUUAUUGAAACCAGGUUCUCAUACAUUCUUCAUGGGAGACUUGAACUAUAGAACUUGUAAAACUUAUGUUUCUAGUUCUGCUUCUUCUCAAAAAUUAUUGUCGUUACAAGAUCAAUCAUUGGCUACAACCGAAUCUAUUGAUGAGUUACUUCAUCUUUAUGAUGAACUUACAACAGCUUUGAAGACUGAAGAGGUUUAUAGUGGAUUUACAGAAGCUCAAAUCAAAUUCCAACCAACUUAUAAGUAUCAUGUUCAUACUGCAAUUUACAAUUCAAAAAGAUCACCAGCAUGGUGUGAUAGAAUUCUAUAUCAGUCAACUUAUGAAGCACAAGAUGAAUCAGCACCAAGAUUGAAAAAAGAUGACAAUGUUACCAAAAUACCUAUUGUAAAGUUUUACAAAAGUAUAAAUUCUAUCCUAUUAUCUGAUCAUCAACCGGUGCAUGCCUUCAUAACGUUGCCAUUUAAUGCUCCCACCCCCAUCCUAGCCAGCAACGGUUUCUUAAAAGUGUUACCCCACGAUCCCACUCAAAUAUAUAUGCUUCCUACCAAAGUCGAUUAUUUCAUCCAAACAUAUAUUCGAUUUUUGGUAGAUAAUACGAUUGGAUAUAGUUUAACGUUAACUUUUACCAAUAGAGGAAGAGUCAUCCUUUUGUUUUUGAUUUGCUUAUUAUGGUAUAGUGUGUAUACAUUCUUAUAGUUAAUUUUUGCGUUCAGUAUAUAAACGCAAUUCUUAUUUAUGACUGCGCGGGCGCAACUAUAUAUUUAUUACAUCUUAGUAUAUGGAAUACAUAAUUGAUAUGGUUAUUAACAUGACAGCUUAAUAGUAAGAUGAAAGAUAAGUGAACAAAGCUUAAAUAUCAUAAGGCUAAAUAGUGUGGCGCGGGAAAGUUCAACUUUAUGCUCUUUUCUGUCUUAUAACUUCCACGGUAAUUUUUCAAAAACACAACUGUUGAUAUAAAUAGCAAGACAUUUGCUCUAUUUUCUUAAAAGUAUUAAAGAACCUAUAUCAAGCUUA